AGUGGGACAGCUCGGAAUCCGAGUACUCGGAGUCUGAGGAGUCAAAUGAGUUAGGGGCCAUCGCAAGCCCCGAGACCUGCGCGAUGGACACUGUGGACAGUGCCAGCAAGCGGCAAGCUACUCGCGUCUUCAAGAAAUCCAGCGUCAAUGGAAAAUUCGACCGGUUGAUCUUCGAACGUCAAGGCAAAGUUAUGCCUCUGCUCACCGAUCGCUGCUCGAUCGUUACAGACGGGGUCGUGCUGAUUGACCCAGACUACGUGAAGGAUCGCAAGGUCUUCGGCCACGUUCUAGCCGCGUUCAAGUACGGCAGGGAGGACCUGGACGUUCUGGGGCUGACGUUCCGCAAGGAUCUCUAUCUGGCCGCCGAGCAGAUCUACCCGGUGGUGGCCGGUGGCCAGCAGAGGAAGCUGACACGGUUGCAGGAGAAGCUGAUCAAGAAGUUGGGGAACAACGCGUAUCCGUUCUACUUCGAACUUCCGCCGCACUGUCCCGCGUCGGUGACGUUGCAGCCAGCGCCCGGCGACACUGGCAAACCAUGCGGCGUCGACUACGAAUUGAAAGCGUUCGUAGGUGAGACGCAGGACGACAAACCGCAGAAACGAAGCUCGGUACGGCUGGCGAUACGAAAGAUCAUGUACGCGCCGUCGAAGCAAGGCGAACAGCCUUCCGUCGAGGUGAGCAAAGAGUUCGUCAUGUCGCCGAACAAGCUUCAUCUGGAGGCGUCGUUGGACAAGGAGCUGUACCACCACGGCGAGAACAUCGCCGUGAACGUGCACAUAGCGAACAGCAGUAACCGGACGGUGAAGAGAAUCAAAGUGUCCGUGAGGCAGUUCGCGGACAUUUGUCUCUUCUCCACCGCGCAGUACAAGUGCACGGUCGCCGAAGCGGAGAGCGAGUGAGUAUCAUUCAUUGCACGCCAUUCUUCUCUAUGAACACGCGACACGGGGGGGACGUGAAACGUACCAACAGCCCGUGAAAGUGUGGCAACAAAUGGAUCCGUGUCCAUAUAUGUAGCGUAUUGCAUAUUGUUCGCUAACCGACGAGAAACAUUCUCUCGUUGUUUCGUAUCUCGUCGCGACGGUGGGGAAUUUCAGUCGUAAAUUCGAGAUUCGUUUUGUCGCGAAUCGAAGUUCACCGGGUCGCGAGGAUUACCCCGGUUGGAGUUCUCGAACCAAGCUAUUUAUUGCCACGGCUUUCACCACGAUUCUCCGAAAAACGUAUUAACGCGGCGGCCGCGAUAGUCGAAGAAAUUUCUGCUCGCGUUCGACGUAAACGAACGUCCUGCGUCUGCUGGCAAUUGAUCCAUCGACGUUGACAGAGUGCUCGAGAAGACGUUUCACGUUUUAUCGAGCGGCUCGAUAUCCUUAAAUAGCAACCAGCUGACCUAUACACGGUGGCGUCGCGGUCACAGAAGUCGCGAAAUUCAACUCACGUAACAUAUUCUGCGACGUGACCAAGAACGGGACCACUCGCGGGAUCCAUCGACGCAAACGCAGGAACGCGUAUAAAUCGCAUCGCGUUGCAAUUGCUUUCGAAUUGAACGCGAGAAUUUACUCAGGCGUCAACGACGCCUUCGUACUGGUUUCUGCGCGUCUCAUGUCGGAGGAAUAUGAAUAUGAAUUUGAGAUUUACCGAUUUACGCUUUUCGGCCGCGCGACGAAACUAGAAAAAGAAAAGAUUCGACUCCGACGUGUCGCCUCACCUCUACGAAAAACGAACGAUAGUAGAACUAUGGAGGUAUCUUCACAUCUAUCGGUGAAACUCUGUUGAAACGAAAGGGAGACGCGCCACUGUGUGAAAUUGUGUAACGGUGAAAGGAGACGAAACAAACCGUCCCGAUUAAUGUUAACGAUAGGUGCGUUGACUUACAAGUUAGUAGAGCGCGAUAAAUGCCAAGAGAGGAGUUGUAACACGACGAAACGGAAAAUAAAAUGAUUGCACUGGCAGUGUAGGGGUAUCGCCAGGAUUCACUCUGAGCAAGGUCUUUUCUCUAAAGCCAACGCUUGCUGACAACAAAGACAAGCGAGGUCUUGCUCUAGACGGCCAACUUAAGCACGAGGACACCAAUCUCGCAUCUAGUACAAUCGAAUUAGUAGCGGAACUGCCGUUCAUCUUGAUGCAUCCGAAACCGGAAGAAGAGGAACCAGCGCCACCCACCGCACGGCCUAGUCCGACGCAUAAGGCAGAUGAUGGCGAGAUACCGCUCGACACGAAUCUGAUUCAAUUGGACACGGAGGCAGACUGCGACGAUGACAUAAUCUUCGAAGACUUUGCCCGUCUGAGGCUGAAAGGUGAGCCGGAUGCCUGACUACAUGGUUCCAACUCGAUCGACCUCUUCGAGACAGGCAAGUGUUUGGCGGAGGACGACAACCAUCGAAAAAUCGUCUGCGAACUGCAUCGCGAGGAUCGACCGUCGUCGCUCUAGGUCCUCGUAAAGAUUGGCCAGGGAUGAAGUCUUUCGCAUCGUUCGAACGGACCGAUCGCUGGAAUAACGAUUCCUUUUCUUUCGAUGCCCGACGAAGGAAUUCGUUCCCCGAACCGUGUGGUCAGUUCAUCAUUAAAUUUCUACAUUUCGACACGGGAUAACAUCUCCGGAAUAUGGUACUAAUCAUCGCACA